AUGGCACCUAAGGAGAAGAAGACUAAAGAGCAGAUCGCGGCGGCCGCCGCGGCUGGCAGCCGAAAGAACAAGAAGCUCGGGAUGACUUUCAAUGAUAGGUCCGACCUUCCUCUGCUUCGCACGCGCGGGGCGGGGAGGCGUUUGAGGACACUCUUUGCUGACAAUCCGACGCUGACGACGCUCUCUAAGUGGUCCAAGGGCAAGAGCAAGGACAAGUUGAACCACUCUGUUCUCUUCGACAAGGCGACCUACGACAAGCUGCUCGCCGAUAUUCCCAAGGCUCGUCUGAUCACCCCGUACACGGUCUGCGAAAGACUGAAGGUGAACGCCUCGCUCGCUCGCCAGGCCAUCCGCUUCCUCAAGGAGCAAGGCCUCAUCAAGAUCGUUGGCGAACACCACCACACCCAGUACAUCUACACCCGAAACACCAGUGCCUAA